AUGCUCCUAGAAACGACUCUUCUCCGAUUCGGCCGCGAUCGUCUUCCCUGGGUAGCUGCUGGCCAAACUGCUGCGGGAAUGAGUGUAAUUUCGAUGGUGACGAUGGAGCUUGCUGAGAAUGCGGUUGACUAUUAUCUGACCGGUGGAGUGGUUCAGUUGGAUUCCCCUGCGUUCUGGGGAGCAGCUUUGCUCUCCGCGUCUGUGGGAUUUCUGGCACCUUUGCCGUACAAUUACCAACGUUUGAGGAAGUAUGGGAAGGCUUGCCAUUAA